GCUACAAAUUACCAAUAGAAUUUCCUCACACUCAACCUCUAAACUCUACCAAAUGGAAGCUAGAACCUUGUUUUCAUGUGGGGCAUUAGGAACCUUCCUCCUCUUCUUCUGUUCUUUCCCUUUGCUCGCUUUGUCAGACUCAGCUCGUGAAAAUUCCCCUAAACUUCUUUCAAGACGUUUAUUAACUACAACGCCUCGUAGCAUAGUGAAACAAUAUUUAGUACCCCACAACCUUGAGAGAGAAAAGCUAGGACUCCCUCCUCUUAGAUGGAGCAAGAAGCUUGCAAAUUUUGCUUCAUCCUGGGCUCAUCAGCGACAAGAAGAUUGUGCACUGAUUCAUUCGAAUAGCGAUUACGGCGAGAAUUUGUUUUGGGGCAGUGGCAAGGACUGGAAAGCUGGUGAUGCUGUUGCUACUUGGGCUGAAGAGAAAGGUGACUACAACUACAAAACAAAUACAUGUGCUCACAACAAGGAUUGCCUCCAUUAUACCCAGAUAGUCUGGAGGCAAAGCUUGAAGGUUGGUUGUGCAAGAGUUGCUUGCAGAAGUGGAGAUACAUUCAUCACAUGUAACUAUGAUCCUCAUGGCAAUGUCAUAGGCCAAAAGCCCUUCUGAAUCAGAUAAGUUUGCACAUAAUUUCCUCUGUCAGAAGGCAAGCAUUUCACUUCAUCAGAACUGAAGCAUUCUGUUCAGUAGCUAGUCAAUUAAAGGGGAACCCUGAGUUUAUAAAUUAGGUCCCAAAUGUUUUUUGGGUCCUAUUUUUCCUUGUGUGAUUGUAUUUUUCAUUUAAUGUACAUAUUUUAUGAAAUAAAAUUAUACCAUUUUGAAUAAA